ACCGUCCCGUUCCCGUUCCCGUACCACCAUUUCCUCUUCCUCGCCUGAGCCGUUCCGUUCCGCCGACGCUUCAGUCUCCUUCCCUCCCCCCACCCGCGUCGCCGCCGUCGCCGCCAUCACCGUCCCCGUUCCUCCUCGCCGCGCCCCUGCCGUCUCCGCCCGCCCGCCCGCCCGCAGUCUCUGGAUUCGAGGGCUUGGCGCUCCCAUGGCGAAUCCCGACGAACAUGUUGAGAGACUCGGCGCCCCCAUGGCGAAUCCGGACGAACAUGACGAGAAUAUGAUGGGAGAGCAUGCUGAGAAGGAGUAUGCCGAUUUCGAGGCGAGGGUCAAGAGGACGAUAUACAUCGACCACCUCUCCCCUGUGGUUACUAGGCAGGUUAUCAGAGCAGCUCUUUCCCAGUGUGCGAAUGUUGUCAGCGUGGAGUUCGUUGAGAACUACACGAUCCCGUACGACAUCCCUGCGGCCGCGCUGGUGGAAUUGGACGACGAGUCGCAGGCCAAGUCUGCUGUGGACUUGAUGCGAGACUUCCCCUUCAUAAUUGGCGGAAUGCCCAGGCCUGUCCGGGCUAGCUUGGCAAGGCCCGAGAUGUUUCCUGAUCGUCCGAGCCCGCCUGGCUCGAAGAUGGAGUUCCUUUGGCUGAAACAAGGAGAUCCGGAGUAUGAUGGGAUGAGCAAGCUCAAGAGCCUUGCAAAGAGGCAGGAAGCAGAGAACAUGGCGCUCAUCAAGAAUAUACUGGAGGAGGAGAAGGAGCUGGCGGCUCAGCAGCAGAUAAUGCUUGACGCCAACUACCACAAAUACGACUUGCUUGAGAACAUCGUGCAAAACGGGACCAUCAAGAACCUUGCUGGCCACUAUAGGGUCAACUUGUUCGACGGCUGAUCAUUUUUGACAGUCUAUGAAAUGGCUUCAGAGAUUGCAGUCCCUGGUGCAAGCUAGUUCCAUUCCACUCGUAAAAAAUGUGUGAUAGUGACAACCGUUGACUAGUUUGAUGCAGCCGCGCUCUACUUGUGGCCAGCUGCGUCUUCUUCUGUGUAAAAGUGGGUCCUUAUGUAGUGUGACGGCUUAGAUUAUCACGUAAUCUUCGUAUGAUGUCAGUUUAACAUCGCGUCAAGAUAAUGCAAUGAUGUCUUAUAUUGUCUCUUGUAUUAUGUGAAACUUGCAUAUCAGGGGUGUCGGUGCCAUGGUGUGGUCUUGUCUGCAGUCUUGUGGCUAGCUUGAGAUAUAUGUCGGUCCUGAUUAUAUUCAAGCAGGAGGGAAGUGUUGAUCGCAGGAAUGGACUCAUUAUCACAGCAGUUUUAUGAUAUAGUAGUUAAUUCAAGAGCAUUCCAAACAGAAACUACAGGUAAUUCGUUCAUCAAAUCUCCACACUGUCACUCCCAUGUGGUUGUUUUUCUUCGGAUAUAUAGACAACAGAAGUGAUUUUUUCCCAUGCCUUUUUAAUCAUUUGUUCUGGUCUAAGUGGAGACAGCAUCAGUGCAUGAAAUGACCCCUAAAAGCCUGGAUCUUUCAGUACAGCUUUUAAUAACAUUUACCUGUAGGAUCCAAUCUUGCUUUGCAAACAUAACACAUAAUCUAGCAUUUCUUCCGGUCUAAACUAACUCAGUAAGUCUGCAUAUCCUAUUCCUCAUGUUUGUCACUAGUAUAGUACUACUACUACAGUUUGUUGGCCUAACCAAGCCAAGCCAAUUAUAGAUUGCAAUCUCUGUAUCCUUAAUUUCAUGGAAGUCAAAUGCAUUUAGUGGUCUGUUGUCCUUGGAAGUUGGAAACUACCAUCCUCCGUUUGCCAAAAGCUGGUCACCACUAAAUGCUGUUAUGAUCAUCAUGUCCACGUUAUUGCAAGUACAGCGGCACUAUGUCGAUUCAGUGAACCCAGAGGUCAUUUUGCAACAAGGAACUGGUGGGAUACUGCUCUAUACAGCAAGUACAGUAGUACCACUAUGUUGAUUCAGUGAACCGACACAACAAUUUGCAGUAUAUGUACCAAAUUGUAAUAAGAAAAUUUUAUAAAAGAGUAUAUUUAGGGUGAUCUUUGUAAGGGUGAAAAUUACUUCAAGUAAUUCGUAGCACAUUAGUUUCAAUUAUUCAAAGAUGAAACACACCUUCAUAAUUGAUCCCUGAGAUUGACACCAAUUGAAGUAUUAUAGUAUACGUAUUUUAGGUAGUGUAGAUAACUAGAUAUAGUGGGUACAUCAGUGAAACAUGAAGCUUUGCGUAUCAAGGAGGAAAUUAAAGAAAAGAGUGAUGAACUGAGAAGCGCUAGAACGAGGAUGGGUGAUAACCGACUGCUAGAUUUGUGAGAGGAUCAGCAAAAAGUUUGAUGAAGUCAGUGGUAGAUCCCAAAGGACAUGUACGCCUGAAGAACACAGCAACUUGACCAGUACAAGUGUAUAACAGUAGGAUGUCCACAUGCUGGCUUUGUACAGGUGUACUACUGCUUGGUACCUCUGUUCUUUUUGUUCUCCAAGGGUUGCAUUAGCCUAAGCAAAACUGGCGUCAGCUGGUAACUGCGAGGAUCGAAAUCAAGUUCACAGUAUCACCCAGGCGUGGGCUGCAACUACGCGCCCGAGGCCUGUCUCAAAGGUAAGAUGGCCUCAAAUCCAAUGGAUUUGUUGCGGAUGAUAAGUUUUUGUUGCGCAGGUUUGGUUCUGCUGUUUCUAAUGUGGGUGAUUGUUUGUCUAACAUCCCUGGAAGAAGUGAGUGUGCAGGAGUAAGUCAAGGAGCCUCAUAUACAUAAAGUGGCGCCGAAUGCUGAAUUUCUGGAAGAAAAUGAUAACAUGGAUUGUUGCUUACAUUUUCCAGGGGUUGCCCUGCAUUGCUUUCUCAUGAUGCCUCCCAUGCUCAUGGACAUAGAAAUCGAGCAAGUGAAAAUGUGAAGAAACAAUGGCUCCAAUGCUAGCACUCUCUUUCACUUAUCAUUGCCUUUGGCCCUUUCUAUCCCCUUUCUUUUGUUUCGCACUUUCAAGUUUAUAUAAUGGGGGUGGAAAGAAUCAACAAGGGGGGCGAGGUUGGUGGUCGAGUCAGUAGAGUAGAUGGUACAUUGUUGCGCAUUGAUGCGAGUCACAGAAGUAGGUGGUACAUUGUUGCUUGAGCUCACCUCCCUCUCUUGUAUUUUUUUCUUGUGCUUAUCAGUAUAUCUACCUACCUAUAUAAACCAUUCAUUGGUUCAUUUCCAUGUGUACUUCAGCUUUCCAUUGUUGUUGUCUUUGCAAAAUGAUUGAAGUGCUGGACUUGUCCAAACUCAAAUUUCUUAAAGUUUGACCAAAUCUCUACACUGUCACUGCCAUGUGGUUGUUUUUCUUUGGAUAUAUAAACAACAGAAGUGAUUUUUUCCCUUAUGCCUUUUUAAUCAUCUGUUCUGGUCUAAGUGGAGACAACAUCAGUGCAUCAAAUGACCCCUAAAAGCCUGGAUCUUCCUGUACAGCUUUUAGUAACAUUUACCUCUAGGCUCCAAUCUUGCUUUGCAAACAUAACACAUAAUCUAGCAUUUCUGCUGGUCUAAACUAACUCAGUAAGUCUGCAUAUCCUAUUCCUCAUGUUUGUCAUUAGUAUCACUACUAUUAUUUGUUGGCCUAAGUUCCUAACCAAGCCAAGCCAAUUAUAGAUUGCAACCUAUGUCAUUAGUUUCAGGAAAGCCAAAUGCAUGUAGCGAUCUGUUGUCCAUGGAAGUUGGAACCUACCAUCCACCAUUUUCCAAAAGCUAUUCACCACUAAAUGUUGUUAUGAUCAUGUCCAUGUUAUCGCAAGUGCAUUGGUACUAUGUCGAUUCAGUGAACCAAGAGGUUAUUUAGCAACAAGGAACUGGUGGAAUAUUGGACGUGGAGUAUGUGAGCUCGGGCACACAGGCUCUCGGUAUCGCGCACGUCCAUAAUAGCUAUGAGACUCGGAGAAUUCAAUGCGGCAUUCUGUCAGGUGGGGCACGCGUGGUGUGGGAAAUUGGAAUAUACGUCGCUAUACCCACCCGACAGAUGGGCCAUGAAUCGACGGAGGGGUGGACGCCGUCGAGGGACAUAGCCUGAGCCGUGGCUCGAUGUUUGGUCGCCGUCCCGAUCCGUGGAUCAGGCCUGGAGGUUUCCACUAGCCUCCGGCAGGACAUGCAGUUAAUGCGGCUAUCUGGCUGUGCGGUGGUAGGUGGGCUGAAGGUUGAUUUCUCUAGGAUCCCAGUUUAGGGGGAGGUCGAGAGAUUAACUGCGGCGCCGAGCUUCGUUUGUCCGACGACCUAGCAGGCGACCUCGCACGCGCUCCGCCGACCAUGGAGUUCUUGCUUCAGACGAUAAACAUAACGCUGCUUGAGGAGGUGAACGAUAACAACGGCACAAUGGAACCUGUGACGUUCCCCGUCACCGCGCCGGCGGAGCUUGCGCUUCCACUACCUGCCGCUUCAUGUGCGGACGCACAGAUCUAUUGGGCGGAGACAGAAGCUGCUGACGUGCGUUAGUCCUCCGAGCACUCAAUUCAGCAAGUCGACCCUAAAGCGCCAGGCUGGACUCAAAGAGUCCGUUUGGGAGCCGCCGCUGAAGGCAGGGCCCCUUGCUCGGACAGGGUGACAGCAUUGGAGAAGACUGUGAGGGAAUUUGCCGAGCAUCCAGGGGACAUAGUGAUGAUCAAGCCAAAAAUCGGAACAACCUUCGACAGUCUGGGUGAAGCUUAUGACUUUUACAAUUUGUAUUCAUGGGAGAAAGGAUUUGGAAUUAGAUACGGGAAGAGCAGACUAAAUGUGAACAGGACAAAAUGCAUCCAAGAGAUCGUGUGUGGAUGCGCGGGGAAGCCGAUAGUUGAAAAUACUCGUUCUUGUCGCUGUGAAUGCCCGGCACUAGUGAUAUUACUGCGGUCCAAGGACAAUGGGUGGUACAUAGCUGAGCAUCGAGAUGGGCACAACCAUUCUCUGUCGCAGACUUACGACCAAACAAUACACUGGCCGUCACAUAAGCAUAUCAAUGUGUACAGCAUGGACCUGGUGAAGCAGCUGCGGCAAAACAAUGUUAACCUAGCAAAGGUGUACAACAUUAUCGGGAGCUCCUUCGGUAAGAUGGAGAAUGUAUCGUUCACGAAAAGAGCACUGAGAACUUUGUGUGGCAAGAUAAGCCGUGAGCAGUCCGAAGAUGAUGUGAGGAAGACAAUGGAAGUUUUCCAGGAGCUGUGUUCAAAGGAUCAACAAUUUACAUAUCGGGUACAAGCUGACAAUGAGGGCAGAAUAAGCAACCUGAUGUGGGCUACGGGAAACAGCAGGCUGCAGUACAAUUUCUUUGGUGAUGUAGUUACAUUCGACACAACCUACCGUACCAACCUGUACGACAUUCCCUUUGGUUUAUUUGUUGGGGUUAACAACCAUUUCUAGAGCAUCAUUCUAGCAGGUGUGCUUGUUAGGCAAGAGACAGAUAGAAACAUUUGAAUGGGUUUUCUCGGAGUUUGUUAGAUAAUGGGUGGUAGGGCGCCAGAAACAAUUCUGACUGACCAAAACAGAGCAAUGGAAGUUGCAAUAAGGAAUGUGAUGCCAGACACAGCUCACCGCUGGUGCAAAUGGCAUGUUCUUAAGAAGGCAAAGGAGUCGCUUGGGCCAUUGUACUAAAAAAAACAGUGAUUUCCGACCAGAGUUCCACAAGGUUGUCAACCACAUGCUAACCAUAGAUGAGUUUGAAGAAGGUUGGAAGUACCUUGUUGAUAAGUACAACUUGAAAAGUCACGAUUACAUGACUAAUUUGUACGAGAUACAGCACAAGUGGGCAAAGCCGUACUUCAAGGGUGUGUUCUGCACCAAAAUGACUAGUACUCAACGGAGUGAAAGCGCGAACCACAUGUUGAAGAACUACGUGCCACCCAGUUGCCCAAUGCACAUCUUUGUGAGGAAGUAUAUGAGUUUGAUUUUUGACAGGGAGUCAGAGGAAAAUUACGAGGAGAAGCAGACAGCAAUUGGGAGGCCACUUAUGCGUGCAAACAUGGCAACAGAAAGACAUGCUGGUCAGAUAUACACUAGAGCUAUGUUCGAACAGUUUGGGCAUAUACUUUACGAGUCUGGUGCAUAUCAAGUGGAAGAGAUCGAAAAGGGUAAAGAGUAUGUUGCAAUACAUACAGACGCUGCACGGAGGGAGAAAUGGUGCAGAACUUCAUACAAGGUGACUGUGCUCGAAGGAGGGGGGAGUUUGAUUGUGAGUGUGGUCAGAUUGCACACAUGGGGCUGCUAUGUAGCCAUAUCCUGAAGGCCAGAAUGGGUGACCAAGCGGCACAGUCCGUUUAUUCCCAUCUGACCCGCCACCUAGCUAACUGACGGAAUUACCUGGCAAGUGGGCCAACCGCUAUUUUGUGAAAUAACAGCGCGGGCCAUAUACGACCUCAUAUACCUAUUCCCGCCCAGAUCACGAGGGGAAUAAAUGGCACAGAUAACAGGAGCCUGUGAGCCCGGGCUCACAACAGCAUUUUCGUGGAAUAUUGCUCUA